AUGGCCCCUUUCCCACUAGGUCUUCAGCUGGCGCAGUCCAUAGGAGUAGGUGGUGCCCUAUGGCUAUCAGGAACAAUUGCAUCGGUCAGUACAAUAACUAUGCCUGCUCUGCUCCAAGCACAAGGAGAACAGAUCAUUACCGUCACAACGCUUGCUCAGCAAUGGAGCUGCCUUUAUGCAACGGGAAAGGCUAGAGCUCCACCUAUUGCAGUCACUGUAGCAGCCUCAUUUUUGUAUAUGGCCUGGUCCGUGCGCGCAGGGACACAUUUCUUCAAGAACGCACGAGUUAGUCGCAGCGCUCUCUACAGUGUAGCGGCUUGCUUUGUUGUUGGAAUUGUACCAUUUACUCUCGUGAUGAUGGCCAGCACAAAUAACGCUCUUUUGGGCCUCCCAGUUGCUCCAUUGGCUGAUUCUAGUGUCCUGGAGUUGAUGGAGAAGUGGACUUCGCUUAAUCGGGCCAGGAGCUGUCUCCCUUUGAUCGGUGGCGUCUGCGGGAUUGUUGCUUCUUUACUUUGA